AUGGGCGGUUGCAUGUCGGCACCAGGUGUUCCUGUGACGGAGCAAGAGAAGGCGAUGAACCGAGAAGCUGAAAAGCAACUCAGAGAGGCGAAGGCCAAGCUCGAAAAGCAAGUGAAGGUGCUGCUGUUGGGUUCUGGUGACUCUGGGAAGUCGACAAUAUUGAAGCAAAUGCGUGUCAUCCAUCAUGUGCCAUUCUCUGCACAGGAAAUCGAGAUAUUCCGGCAGCUUGUAUUCAGUAACUUGACUGUUGGGCUCAAAUACGUGCUCGAUGCGAUGCAGGACAUGGAUCUCAAGGUCUCAGAAGAGAACGUUCCGCAUGUGGAGUUGAUCGAAGAACCUGUAGACAUCCGAGACGGCGACCCUUUCCCUCUGAACUAUCUGGAGCCUCUGAAAUCACUCUGGUCGGAUCCAAACGUUCAGCGAGCUUGGGAACGUGGAAAUGAGGCCGCCUUGCCGGAAAAUUUGUUGUAUUUCUUUGACUCGCUCGACCGCCUUUUCGACCCGGAAUAUCAACCCACUGAGUCCGACAUCAUACAAUGCCGCGCUCGCACUACAGGAAUCACGGAAACUACGUUCCAAUUAAAGGAUCACGAAAUGUUGAUGGUGGAUGUCGGCGGACAGAAGAGCGAGAGACGGAAAUGGAUACAUUGCUUUCAGGACGUCACCAGCAUAUUAUUCUUGGUCAGCUUAAGUGGUUAUGAUCAAUGUCUUGUGGAGGACAAGGAUGCGAAUCAGAUGCAAGACGCAAUGACGAUAUGGGAUUCAAUAUGUCACUCGCAGUGGUUUAAGCAAACAUCAAUAAUACUCUUCCUCAAUAAAAACGAUCUUUUCCAACGGAAAAUACCCACUUCCGAUAUCAAGAAUUUUUUCCCAGAUUACGAAGGUGAACCGGGCGAUGUACGAGCGGGCCGCGAUUAUUUCAAGAAAAGGUUUGCACGGUUGGCGCAGAAGGCUGGACGUUCGAAGGAGCGUGAGAUCUACAUACAUAUAACGACCGCCACGGAUACAGCUAUGUUGCGGGUGGUCAUGGCUGCAGUAGAAGGUUCGCAUUUCGUCUCUCUCAAAGUUGAUCCUGACUAA